AUGUGGUUUAUUUGGAAGGAAAGAUGUAACAGAGUUUUUGAAAACAAAUCUACAACAGUCAAGAAUCUAGCUAUGGAAAUACAAGGACAUGUAGCUUUUUGGGCACAGAGAAGUAACCUUCAGAAUAAAGCCAAAAAACUAAAGAAGAAAACUCUGAAACCUUUGUGGCAGGCACCAUCAAAAGACACUCUUAAGAUUAAUGUAGAUGCGGCAUGGAUUUCUGACAGUUUACCUUCCAGUUAUGCUUUAAUUCUAAGGGAUGAUACAGGAAUUUCAGGAGGAGGGAAAGCGAGACAAUCAGCAACAGCAGACCCACAAGAAUCGGAGGCUUUAGGAGUAAUGCAGGCAGCUAUUUGGGCGUAUGAAAAAGGUUUGGAAAAGUUCAACAUAGAAGGAGAUUGCAAAAGUAUUUUCAAGUACUUACAAGGAAAGGCAGCUGACAUAUCCUGGUGCUCAAGGGAUUAUCUUGAUGAAGCAAACAGACUAGCACAUCUAUGCAACAAUUUUUUGGGUUUUUACUUUGUUCCAAGAUUAGGAAAUGGAGUGGCAGAUACUUUAGCAAAAUUUGUAAGACCUUUAAACACUACUGUCACCUGGGAAACCACACCCCCAACUUGUAUUAUUAAACAAAUAUUAGUAGAUAAAUCUAAUAUCAUAGAAUCCUCAUGUGGAUUGAUAUUAGAUGGCUCUACUCCUUUUGUUCCUUGUAUCCCUUUGGGACCUUAG